AGGUGAAUGGAUGACCCUGUUCCCCCCCCCCCUGCCGGCCCAUGCUGUCAACCCCCUACCUGACUUCCCCACCCUGCCCCCGGUACCAUGGCGUCCAGCGAGGAGGACGGUACGGUGGAGGGGAAGGAAAACAACAACAUCAAGAAGAAGAAAAUGAAAAGCACCCUCGCCACCGCAUGGCUCACUUUCUACAACAUCGCCAUGACCGCCGGGUGGUUGGUUUUGGCCUUGGCAAUGAUACGCUUCUACAUCCAUAAAGGCACACACAGGGGUCUGUACAGAAGUAUAGCAAGGACACUCAAGUUCUUCCAGACCUUUGCAUUAGUGGAGGUGGGACACUGUGCCAUCGGACUUGUGAAGACUUCUGUGAUUGUAACUGGGGUUCAAGUGUGUUCACGGAUUUUCAUGGUUUGGUUCAUCACCAACAGCAUCAGACAGAUCCAGAAUGAAGAAAGUGUAAUCCUAUUCCUGGUUGUGUGGACGGUGACAGAGAUUACCAGAUAUUCCUACUACACUUUCAACCUGCUCAACCUCCUGCCAUACUUCAUCAAAUGGGCCAGAUACAACCUCUUCAUCGUCUUGUAUCCCCUGGGAGUCGUUGGAGAGCUGUUCACCAUUUAUGCUGCUCUGCCGUUCGUACGCAGAUCUGGAAUGUACUCCAUGAGGCUUCCCAACAAGUAUAAUGUGUCAUUUGACUACUACUACUGCCUCAUCAUCGUCAUGCUGUCCUAUAUCCCAUUGUUUCCUCAGCUUUUUUUCCACAUGCUGCGGCAGAGGAGAAGGGUGCUUCAUGGGGAGGUCAUAGUGGAGAAAGACGACUAGACAAGCACCACCUCAUUCAUGCCUUUGUUGAAAGCCAGCCACCUUCACAUCACCCUCACCUCCCCCCCACCAAUUCAUCUCCAUCUAUUGGCCCGUAAAUUCUUCAUUGCACGGGACCGGAAGAGCUGCACAGUUGACCAGUCUGAUGAGAUAACCAUCAGUACUGAGAAAUAAGAGCUGAUUCUAGGUAUUUCUUUACAGCAUUGAUUCCUAUCUGAAUGGUAGCAUUGGAAACAUGUUUACAGACCCAGUGUUGCUGGAGCUUGAGACAAAGCCUGGCUUUCUGCAGUGUCUCAGCACUGAGAGGUCCUGAGUCCUUUUUUGUUUUGUUUUUUUAAACACCCUCCGGCCUUACUUCCUGUUGUUGUACUGAAGCAUUGUAGCCUGAAACAUGCACUGAUCAUUAAAAAUGAGAGGCUUCCAGGGAAUUGUGAAAUGAAACAUGGGAGGAAGAUUUUAAUUUUUGUCUUCUGAGCUGUCCCGACGUCAUCGCCCACACAGUGAAUAUCAGCACAGAUUUUAUAUAAAAAUAGUCUCGCUGUACUAGGAAGAAUCUCUCAAAGGAUAAGAUUCAUAGUUCUAUCAUACCUCAACAAUAAAUCCACAUUUAGACAAUAUGCUGCUUCUUUUGCAUAUGUUUGUUUUACCUUGUGUGUAAAUGAUGCAAUGUGAAAAAAGCAGUUAAUAAUAAGCAUAUUUCUUAAAGAUAAUGUAUUCACAUACUGUAUCAUUUAGAGCAAGCACAGUUUAACAUUUUGUCAGCUCCUGCAUUAAUUUGUUGCUUCCAUCUUUACUCUGUCAAAUUAAUUUACAAGAAUGCAUCUUAAACUGAGUCUUCAGAGAGUAAUAGCAUUUUCACUAGGGCACUGUAGGUGAGACUACAGUUAAAAAAUUACGUGAGCACUCAGUCUUCAGUCGCUGUUUUUUUUAACAGACAUAAUCUGAUGUCCUUGUUGACAGAGAGGUAGUUCGAUUCCCGCCUGCUGAAGGUGCUAUUGUUAAGGUCAUUUCAAUCUUCUGUGCAGCUGAAGCAGUGACUGUGACUGGGGUUGAUCUAAUGCAGGAAAACAGGAUGUGAAAUGACUGACAGGAAAUGUCAGUCAUUUAACGGAAUAGCCCAUGAUUAUCUAAGAAAAUCAAUAGUAUUUCAUGGAAUCUGGGAUUGAGAGGCGAAAUGGGAUAAAAGUCAAUGUAAAGAUAUUGGAAAGGUUAUUUUUCAAGGGAAAAAAAUUAUAGAAAUGUGAACAUUGUGCAAAUCAUUGGAUCAGCAAAUAGAUGUUUAUUUGAAUUUGAAUGUAAAUGUAGAAAUA